CGCGCGAAGCCCGGAAGGCGGCGGCCGAGACCCAGGCGGCGGACCGGAGCGGCGGGAGCGGGGCCCGGGUCGGCCCUCGAGCGGCCGCCGGCUCAGCAUGCGCGCCCGCCGGGGGCUGCUGCGGCUGCCGCGCCGCUCGCUGCUCGCCGCGCUCUUCUUCUUCUCGCUGUCGUCCUCGCUGCUCUACUUCGUCUAUGUGGCGCCCGGCAUAGUAAAUACCUACCUCUUCAUGGUGCAGGCUCAAGGGAUCCUGCUUCGGGACAAUGUGAGGACCAUUGGUGCCCAGGUGUAUGAGCAGGUGGUCCGCAGCGCCUAUGCCAAGAGGAACAGCAGCCUGAAUGAUUCAGAUUAUCCUCUGGACUUGAACCACAGUGAAGCCUUUCCUCCAACCACGACGUUUCUUCCUGAAGAUUUCACCUAUUUUGCCAACCACCCUUGCCCGGAGAGGCUCCCUUCCAUGAAGGGCCCAAUAGACAUAAACAUGAGUGAGAUCAGAAUGGACGAUAUUCACGAGCUUUUCUCCAGAGAUCCAGCCAUCAAGCUUGGAGGCCACUGGAAGCCUUCGGACUGUGUGCCUCGGUGGAAGGUGGCCAUCCUUAUCCCCUUCCGGAACCGCCAUGAGCACCUCCCAGUCCUCCUGCGACACCUGCUCCCCAUGCUUCAGCGCCAGCGCCUGCAGUUCGCCUUCUAUGUGGUCGAGCAAGUUGGUACCCAGCCCUUUAACCGAGCCAUGCUUUUCAACGUUGGGUUUCAAGAAGCUAUGAAGGACUUGGACUGGGACUGCCUGAUCUUUCAUGAUGUAGAUCACAUACCUGAGAGCGACCGAAACUACUAUGGCUGCGGACAGAUGCCCAGGCACUUUGCUACCAAACUGGACAAGUACAUGUACUUGCUUCCCUACACAGAGUUUUUUGGUGGAGUAAGCGGCCUGACUGUAGAACAGUUUCGGAAAAUCAAUGGCUUUCCUAAUGCAUUCUGGGGCUGGGGCGGAGAAGAUGACGACUUGUGGAACAGAGUACAAAAUGCAGGCUAUUCUGUGAGCCGGCCGGAAGGGGACACAGGGAAAUACAAGUCCAUUCCUCACCACCAUCGAGGGGAGGUCCAAUUUCUUGGAAGGUAUGCUCUGCUGAGGAAGUCAAAGGAGCGGCAAGGGCUGGAUGGCCUCAACAACCUGAACUACUGUGCAAAUAUCACAUAUGACGCCUUGUAUAAAAACAUAACUGUCAACUUGACACCCGAGCUGGCUCAGGUGACUGAGUACUGAGAUGCGGGGAGGAGCCGCAUUCGCCUACCCACCGCCCCCUUGGAAGGGCUGUGACGCGCCAUCCUGGGGGUCAACACAGGAGGAGAACAGAAAGAGAGUGGAGCGCAGGACCAUAGGGUUCCAGAAAACUGUCACAGAGCACACGCACAAAGGCCUUCGCUGUAGGGCCCAACGGGGACAGGAGGCUUGGGGACACCUGUCAUCAGCACUGGCUUCUAUUCUACAAGACAGAUGUCUGCCCUGCUGCUCUCUUCCGUCCCAACCCAGGUCCUGUCUCAGCUGCAACCUCUAGAAUUCCAGGGCCAAGCUAGGUGCCCCUUGGAUAAAUGGAUGGCCGAGCCCAGAGGCCACCAUGGCUUGAAGCAGAUGGACCGCCACACGGUUCUCUGCAUCUCUGGUGUUCUCUUUGGUUUUCAUUUAGUUUAGUUCAGGUUUUUUUUUUUGGAGGGGGGGGUAUUGAGGGUAGAGGGGAGGGACCUGGGGUGAUAGACACAUAACAGUCACUUCUUGAAGAAGUGUAAUUGUAAAUAAGCCAUGUAAAAUGCCUUUUUAAAGUUUAAUUUUAUAGCUGGCUCCACUUCAAAGUGAGGGCUUCAUAUAUUAGAUCACCUUGGGUGAAAAACAUGACUCAGUUCCCACGCAAUUGAGUGUCAUCUCCCAAAUCCCUGUCAGCUGGGAAGGAAGUGGAUGCAGGGCAUAACAAAGAACCUCCUGUCACUACGGCCCCACAUCCUUUCUCCUCCUCCCUCUAUAGGGUUUUCAACAGCGGAGGAGCCGGAACCAGAACCGCUGUUAGGGUACAGUUCUCUCCUCUUGCAGACCCCUCAGAGCUGGGAUGUGUGGGGCUGGAAGAGGCAGGGCUCAGGCUUGCCACUCCAGAGUGGCAGGGACUGGGGAACAGAAGGUUUGAGGCCAGUGUGAGCUACACAGCAAGCCCCAGGCCAGCCUGUGCUGUGUAGCGUGCUACAACUCUCUGGACUUUUUUUGUACUUCAGUGUCUCACACACAGAGUGGCUGCUGGGUGACUUGCCCCUUUUUUCUUUGGAACUUGGCCACAGUUUCUCAGAGCUGUGCCCGUAUGACCAGAUGGCUUCUGUGAUUUCUGUUUCCCUUUUUGGUUUCUGGGAAGAAGCAGUUGAUUGGGAAAGGCUCAGCCAGGGAGCAAGUGGCACUGGGGUUUGUCAGCCGGGGUCCAGGAGACAUCUCACCAGAGCUUUGACAGGAAGCCCAGCAGAUUGCCCCUGCUUCCUGUCUGCCCCUGCAGCAGCCCUCUGUCCCUAAUGCAGGGAUCUGUGUGUGGUGAGGAGUGCUUUCUUCCGGCCUCCAACUUCUGCUUUUGCCUUCAGCGCCCUCGAUGUUCAUGGUUUACAUGGGUGGGUGUGGGUGUGUAGAUAUGUGGGGUUGGGGUUUUGCAUCACACAGUUGGUUCUGAGGACAGAUGAUCCCCACAGACUGUGGGAGUGAUUGGCCAGGCCUUGUGUUGUUUUUUUUUUUUUCCUCGUUUUUGUUCUUUUUGUAGAAUAGAGUGGUAUCUAGGGAACAGAUGGCAUUGCAGAGUGCUUCCCGCUCGUAUGAGAGAGCAGGUCCCUGCCCUUGAGAGCGCUGGUGAGCCACGGCAUCUGUUUGCACUGGGCAAGGAGCUGCAUGGCUGCAUUGACUUGCCUUUGUCUUACGGUACACACAGCAAUAAAGAUUGUGUCUGUCCUGGUCUCCACCUUCUGCCCUUCUCUUGUCAGUUUUACAGUGCUGGGAGUGAAACCCAUGGCUUCAGCUAGGCAAGUGCUCUGUCACUGAGCUGUGGGCCCAGCCCUUGCUCCCUCAUUCUGUUUCCACACCGAAGGCCAGGAGCUGCUUUCAUGGUAGAGCCAUGGCGUCCUUUGGAGGGCUUCCAGGGAGGGUGAUGGUGCAUGUGGCAUGUGUUCUGCUCGAAGCUCUGCGUUUUCACACUUGCCACAGGGUAACUGUUUUGAGCCAAAGGCUGAUACUUGAUUUAAGAAAGAAAAUGCCGAUUUGGGGACAAAAGAAAAGGUCUUUUUAUGCUCAAAGUAGGGUCGCUUAUAUUCUUUUGCAAUCAUGUCCAAGUUUGUUUUUAGUGUGGACCAUUAGUGGGCACUGUCAAUCAUUGUCCACCAAGUCACACACUGAGUGGGAAGCGUCACAGUCAAACCAUACCACCAGGCCACACGAGGUCUGGGAAUGCGCAAAGAAAUGACAGUGAGAAGCGAGUGUGACCUUGGUGCAUUUUGGCAGCUGAAAUUUUCAAUGCUACAGACAGUGACCCUUAAACCGACCUGCCCUUGGCUGCCGUGUGUGUGGAAGGUCCCUCUUCAUACAGGGUUUCUUUGGGCGAAGGGACAUUUGUAAAACUUUCAUUUUUGCUAAAACAGGGACUCUUGUCAGCACUUCCCCUUCUCAGAGGACAGGAGAGGCGCAGCGGCGCAUGUGCUGACUGUGCCCACGCCACUGACAAGGCAUUGAACGCAGCCAGCUUACUCCAUCACUACUUUCGUUUGUUUUGAGCUUGCUCUUUGUUUUAAAAGGUGCCAGGGGUACAUUUUUGCACUGAAAUCUAAAGAUGUUUUAAAAAAAAAAACACUUUUCACAGAAAUAGUCCUUUGUCAUUACAUUAUUCAUUCAUGUGUUUGUACAUUUUUGUAUGUUAAUUUAUGAAUGAUUUUUUCAGUAAAAAAAAAUACAUAUUCAAUA